UGGAUUCUUAUUUUGGAAAGCUCAUCUGAAGCUCAGCCAAUGUCUGCGCUUUAUUUUCAUCGCAACCGCUGUCCAGCUUUUUUUUGACGAUUUAGGAGGCGUUUGUCUCAUUUAGACUCUUUCCUUUCUGGGGACCUCGCGGCUGAAUGCAGGAGUUUCUGACAUGACCUACCGGUACCCGGAGCAGCCAGCCACAGUGUCGCGCAUGUCUGAAUAUCGCAGGCGCUGCAGGGGAAGAGUCGUUCACGCAGCAUUUCCAAUUCCUGGGGGCAAUAGACUCUGCCCAGCAGGUACGGCACCACAUCCUACAAUAAUUGCACAUUUGAGAUCUGCGGCGGGAGUGGCGCUUCCUAGUCCCUCAGUCCCUAGUCCCUCAGUCCCAUGCAGGUGCUGCAGAAAGCAGUUGCAUACGGUGCUGCGGCACCCAAACGAAGCCAGAAGCCCUUCGGCAGUCAUGCUCGUCGUCCCUUUCAGCAACCACUGUCUGAUCAGCUAUCCUCCUUCCCGAGCUCUUCUUAUAUCAUCGCAAGUGCGGUCAUGCCCAUAGCUAUCCAAUUUUAGUGCCUGGGCGUUUCUUCGCGUGAAGACGGCCGUCUCCUCUGUAUG